GGCACCAGCGGUCCCGGGCCCAAUGCGCCCAACGACACUUAUCGAAGAUCCGCUCCACGCAUUCCGAAGUAGCGAAGUGACACAGGCCACACUAACACCGGCCGGUGCCCUGCUCCGGCUGCACACCUACUCCACCGCCCUGCUCAUCCCCGAAGGAGCAAUCCCCAAGAGCCAACGGCACAGCGUCGUACUGUCGGUGGUGCGCGAUGACAAGCACCAGCAGCUCCUGGCGGCGGCCAGCAGUAGCCGCACCACCUACCUCAGCCCGGUCGUCUUCUGCGGACCGGUCGAUACGAAGGUAAACAAACCGAUCGUGAUGCAGUUGCCGCACUGUGCCGAAAAUCUGUCCAACUGGAGCAUCUCGCUGUACAGCGCACCGGACAAUGUGACGCCCUGGUGUAAGGUGGUGACGAUCGGUGAGGAAACGAUCAAUACGCCGGCCCUGGUACAGAUCGAUCGACGAUACGCGUACAUCCUGACCGAGUCCUUCGGCAAGUACGUGCUGGUCGGUGAAUCGGCUCACGACAUCCAGGAGCGAGUGGCCUGUAAGAAGCUGCGUCUAUUCAUCUGUGGCCCCUCGACGGUGCCCGAAUUCUCCGACGUCAGCGUACGGAUCUACAUCGUCGAGGAUAAUCCGGGUGCGGAGGAACGGUGCCGGCACUGCGAACAGGAGAUUGGUGGUGUGCUGCUCGGGGGUAGCACGGUGCUGUACUUCGCCGAUACCGGCCACGAUCUGGUGAUCGAUCUGCGGUGUGUCGGUGGGUGGAAGACGAAACCGUUCAGCGAACGUCAGACGAUUCCGUUCUCGCACGUUUGGGGUGCGGCCGGUACGGCGCUCCAUUGUAGUUUCACGCUUUGCCGGACGGAGCAUGAUAAGUGCGACUUCAAGAUCAGUGUUCGAGCGUUGCAGGAUUCCCAGGAGCAUAUGAUGCCACCGUUGAUCGAUCCACUUCAAACCGAUCCGAACGCUGCAACGUUGAGUGUGUCGUCGUUUGUGCCGCUGUCACGCGAAACUCAUCCCAACUCCGUGUCCUCGUCCUCGGGUGGUGUGCUGCAGCAGCAUUCGUCGGGCUCGUACGAAACCAUGACCAUCUGUAGCGUCGGUUCCGGGACGGCGGCUGGGACGGCGGCUACGGUGGAGAACAACAUUAUCAAUAGCGAUCGUUUCCGGCUGUCGAAGGAUGUGAAGCGGAAGCUGUGCAAGUGUCUCGAUCCACCGACCCAGAAGCGCAACGAUUGGCGUAUGCUGGCCGCGCACCUCAACGUGGACCGCUACCUGACGUACUUUGCCACUCGACCGUCGCCCACCGACCAGAUACUCGAUCUGUGGGAGUGCCGCAACCGGGACCUCAAUGCUGUCCAGCGAUUAAUCGAGAUCUGCCGGACGAUGGAACGGCCCGAUGCGGUCGCGAUACUCGAGCAGAUCCAACCGGCACCCUGGCUGUGAAUGAUUCGGAGUCGGAUCGAAUUGGCAGCAGAUGGUGGCGGUAGUGGUGGUGACGGAGCUCAAGUCAAGUCGGAAUCGAAGAACCAACCCAAGCGAACAGGCUGCGAUAUAGGUCAAGUCAAUCUUUAUAAAUAUUUAUAAUUCAUUAUCUUUCCCUCUCUUCCUCUCUCUUGUGCACUCUGGUUAUACCGCGGCAAAGAGAGCUGGUGCAGCCGUCGAGUGGCACAAUCAAAUCAGACAAUCUUGUCUUGCGCCUGGCGGCUGUCGCGAUUCGGUCACGCUUGUCACUCCAAUCCUUGUCGGAAGUCCUUGUUCUCCUACUACUGCUGCUGGUUGAUUGCAACUUGCAAUUGCAAUUGUCCAGCAGCGUGUGACCCCGACCAUCGUCAUCAUAGGGGUUAACAUGAAAAGGGUAGAAAGUCCGGUCACUCCGGCUACCCCGUAAAGGUCAGUAGUGGGCACAUCAUUUGACAUGCAGGACAUUACGGGAGAUCAGCAAGCGAACGAGGGAACGCGAUGCCCGCUGUCCAAUCUAGUAGCGCUUCGACUAGAACCAACAACAACCUGUCUCGUGCGGCUUGAUUGGCAGCCAUUGAUGCAAGCGGAAAGAUUUGUCCCUUUUUCACUGUCCUCCUCUUUAAAGUUGCCCCCGGAGUGUAACCAUUGCUCAAACACACACGCACAUAAAAUGGUCUGCAAAGGGAGGGAGAGAGAGAGAGAGAGAAAGAGAGAGAAAUGAGUGCAGCAAAGGCGUUGUUGCACCACAGGAGGCGCGGAAUGUGUAUCUAUCAAAUCGCAAAUCGCAUCAAUCGAAUCUAGUUAGCUAACGAGCGAACGCCCAACCGAAUCCGACCGGUGCGGACAUUAAACCAUUUCAUAACCCUACUUAGCUGCAAUAAGAAUCCUAAAUACACUUACUGAUCCACACACACAGAUGCACAAAGCUAUAUCAUAAUCAGGAUCAAUGGCCACUCGCCCCCCUGCUGCUGCUGCUGCUGCAUUGGCCUACUACAAUCCAUUCCUCCCACCCCACCCUAGUUGCUCCACUGAUUUAUGUGCGAUUCGUGUGUGUGUGUUCGCUUCGGUUUCGCCUACUGUGCACAUCCCGGCACAUUACAGUUUUCUCUACUCGUCGUGGCCAUAUACUCAUUAUUAUACAUCGUCCCGGGUGAUCCCGGGAUGACGUUAGCCAAUGGCCAAUAGUAAUAGAUAAACCGAAGACUGAAGUUCGAGAGAAGCGAAUUGAGCGAGAUCCAAUUACGCUCCAGUGGAGAUGCCUACAAUACGACGCCAUCAGCACGUGUCUCUGCUGUAUGGUGUGCAACGCAUGCAGCAGCAGAAGAAGAGAAGCUCAUGAUGAUGAUGAUGAUGCGGAUGAUGAUGACGAUGAUGAUGGUUUACAUCGACUUGAUUAAGGCAUUGAGAUGAUUGACGAAGUACCAUUUUGAGCUGGAGAGUUAAGAAGCAGCAGCAGGACACUACAAUAUGUAAUGCUACCAACCCUUCUUUAGUCACUUCAGUUCAGAGUACCUCUCUUUAGUGCGCGUGUUUGAGUGUGCGUGUGUUUGUGUAACUGUAUACCAGGCGACAGGUUAGCGGUUAGUUAGUAACUCGAGGGGGGCGGUGCGGCGGUGCAUCCUAUUGCACUCCUGCAGGAGUAACCCCUAGGUAGCGUUCCUUCGAAGGUGACGAGAGAGAUAUGUUUGUUCCCAUUGCUCCCGUUCCCAGUAGUAUUACUUUUAAUGAAGCGAGAGCCACUUAUUUGUUGUGCGAAAGAGUUGCCGAAUGCACGAACGCGAACGUGAUAAAAUAUUUUAAAUAUUUCCCAUACCCUUUCCGCCCCACCAACCUUACGAACCCUCUUUGAAUCGCGGUUGACCGCAGCAAAUGCGUGUGUCCACGUUGUUAGAGUCUCCUUACUUACCGUGGAGGGUUUAAAAAAAAAAUGGCGAAAAAAGUGUUUCUGAAAGAGCAAAAACCCUUACCACCAGACUACCGAACUUACGAAAAAUGGCCUUCUUCUUCUAGUUUCCUAUCGAUAGAUGAUCGUUCUAAGCCAAGCUGCUGCUUCUCGGUGGCAUCCCUGAAAUCUUUACGUACUAGUUCCAGUUUUUAGUUGUUUAAAAAAAGGGAGCUAUCGAUAUCGUUGUGAAUGUUAACUUUCGUUCGGAAGGGGGAUAUUGUAUAAAAUUAAGUCUCGAACACGACAACGAAAACGCCGCGCAAAAAAGGAUAGGGUUAAAAUUGAGGAUAGCAUAAACGUGUGUAAAAAACCUGUAUUGUAAAAAGCCCGUAGAAUAGACGAAUCCGUUGGCUGCCUAUUGUGCACACGAAAAGGAAAUAGAGGGAAAUGGAAUGGAAGGCAACCCCGUAAUGGCCAAUACCGGAAAUGAACGGGGGGGCGCAGUAGGACGCUAAUGUUCCGCUUCUGUUUGUGCAUGUUCCACCUUUUUUUUUUUUUUGUGCCACUCGUGUGUCCUCUUGCUGCAGUUUUCGCGUUUUGUGCGCGGUUUGUCACAAGAACAAAAGCCAUCGCGACAUUAGAAGCCCGUCCGUCCCGCCGCUCGGCCGUGCGACCAUUGUUUUGCUAGCUCAAACAUCAUAAUUUUCAUCCCCUCAUCGCGAUGGUGUCGCUGCAAGCCCGGAAGUGCCCGGGCCGCACGUGCCACGUGUGUCAGCGCAAUGCCCUUCCCUCCCACCGACCGACCGACCGACCGACCGACCAAACGUUGCAUCCUGCACGGGACACACCCGAACGGCGGUGCAAUUAACUCAGCUGGAAACAAAAUUAAUUGUAAAACCGCAUCCCAACCCCCCAUAGAGUCCCCACAUACACACACACACACACACACACAUGGGUAGGACUGGCCGCACCGCAACCGCAACGUGCAUGCAACAAUGAGUAAAACAAAGCUUCCGACAGAAAUAUGAGCAUAAAUUGUCAAUAAAUUUGCGGAAUGUAUGCAAUCCCGCGGCCCAGCGGACCGGCCUGGCCCACCCCUGGGUUGUCUGCGCAUUCGAAUGAAGUUAUCUCAGCACCACCGCGACACUCGGGGUGUGUUGUGUGUGUGUGUAUGCAUCGGUGUUAUGCACGAUGUGUUGUCCUUGCUGGGCUGCACCACGAGACAUGAGUUUUUGCCCCGGAUACAGCCCCAUCCCCCCCUGGUGCACGGAGUUAGACGAACAACAAUGGCGCGCACUCGUCACAAAGUAGCGAAACUCGAUACAAAUUCAUCUUUUUCCACUAAAAUGUAUUCAAUUAGAGCGCUUGUGGAAGUCCUUGGUGGUGCGAAGAGAGACCCAUGAACGGAGUGGGUUGCGUUAAAAGCCAAUCGAGCUCGUGCGGCACAACCGGAAGGAUGUUAAUCAUUGGCCAACCAUUAGCUGAAAAUCGUCUCCUUCCAACCCUCGGCACCCCCCACCUGGUGGAAAGGGGUGGGUUUAACCGGACCAACCGGCGCGACGGUUCCGAUGGAGAAUUUAUGGGCAAUUGCAGGGCUGACAUAAUCGAUGACAACGCGGAACAAUAAUAUUUUCUCGUUAAAUAUUUGUCUCGAUUGUGUGUGAGCAACGGUGGAAGAAGCGAAGUGCGGCAAAACAAACUGCGCAGAGGAAGAGGUGGCGGGGUGUGGGGGGGCACACUAUCUCCACUAUCUCCGCGUUAAUCGAUAGAUGCUUUCAACGGAGCGUGGAAAGCAUUGCCGGGCCGGGUCCUUUUUUGGGACAUUAAUUGUCAUAAAAUAGUGCAAAUAAAUAAAAAGCCAUCCAAGUGCACAUCGGCAUGGGCAUCGGCGUGGAGUAGUGAACGAAGCGAGCGCGAAACCACAAUCAAUUGAGGCAUAAAGAAUGUGACCACAAUGGCAUUAAUCACGUGGGGAGCAUAAUUAAAUCGGCAUUGGCCGCGCACUGGACCGUGCUGGUGUUCUUCAUUUUUAAAAGAGUUGCGAACGAUUUUCGACAUGCAAAAACUUUGAGGACGUGGCAAGCCGUGGAAAUCAGGUGGUUUACAUGGGUGACGAUCCGUAGCCACAAUACGUAGCCAUAUACAUAUAUUUGUAGCCUUUGUGACAUAUAUACUGUAUAGGUAAUUGGUACAUUUGCUCGCAACGAGCUAACCAUUUUGUUUUACGAGAAGAUCCAUUUCGUGCGCCAGGUAAUGUUUACGGACGAGCGUGUAGAUACAUUACUCAAACAACUUGUGUAAGUAGUUUCUUGUAUUAGCUGUACUUUGUAAGGGAAAAUACCAUGGUUUAUACAUAUAGCAUACCCCAACGCGUACCACUCCUGGAAACAGAUAUAUAUUUGUUAUAAAAUAUAACCCAAAAUUAUACACCGUACUGUGCGAUGCAGUUUUU